AUGGGGUCCAUACGCAUUGCCAAAGCUUCUGACGAUUACUUGCUGAGGAUCUCUGCUGCUGGCGAUAUCCCAUUUGCCUCAGUGAAAUCCCUGCAAAGCUUGGGACUAAGUCCUCAGAAGGAAGUACCUAUUCAGCUGUCUCUAACUGAGCUGAACCCUUACAUCACCUGUGGUAUUUGUAUGGGCUACCUGUAUGAGGCAUCAACCAUCACUGAGUGUAUGCACACAUUUUGUAAGAGCUGCAUAGUGAAGCAUACAGAGAGCAAAGUUACCUGUCCAUUGUGUGAUAUCAUCAUCCAUCCUACGGAUCCUCUCUCUAAUGUCAAGUUAGACAGAACUCUUCAGGAUGUUGUGAUGAAACUAGUGCCAGGUGUUGUUCAGGAAGAGAAACGUCGGAAAGAAGCCUUUUACAAAGACUGGAGAAAGGAAAAAAUGGCCCAGGGAACAUUGCAUGAAAGAGAUGGUAUGACAACUGUAUCAAAUGUGAAGCAUCUUGUUGACACCCAUGUCUCAAGGCCAUUUGUGAAACCAAAAAAACUGCUCAUGGGCUCAUCCAAAGUGAAAGUGAAGAAGUCUGUAAAGCCUGUGAAGCCUGUGAAACCUUUGAAGCCUCCACGUCCACGCCCUCCCCCUCUUACCAUACCUCUCAUAUCCCUGGUGCUGGAGUAUGUCGGGCCAUCUGAUGAUAAAUACUUAGAGCCAUUACAGAAAAAGUAUGUGCGUGUCCAGUCUGAUGCCAAGAUAUCAAAUGUACUGAAGUUCUUACGGACAAAACUGGAAGUUCCAACUGACACUGAGAUUUCAAUGUUUUGUGAUACAGAUGAAAUGACACAUGAGCAGACGUUAGCAGAAAUUCAGAAAAAAUACUUUGAAUCAGAUAUGGACAUGUUACCUCUGUCUUAUGCCAUGAGCAAGAAUUCAAACCUAUCAAGACUGGUAGUGAAUGCUUGCUCUGGCGAUCAGAACUAUGACCCCUGACCCGAGAUCAGUCACGUGAAUGAGGUAACCAGUCAGGGAUGCCAGGCAGAAUCCACAAUCGAGGUGUUCCCAUUUGUCUGAGAUGACCUGUGGGUGUAGGCAGAAAGGAAGGACAGCUUGACAGGAAAUGCCAUGCCUUCUAGCAGUGAGAGAGAGAUGUAUCUAAUAAGGGGUUUGACGGCCACACUGAAGUUGGAAUGUUUAAUAGGAGAUGAUAUGGCUCUGCACUAACUGAGAAGGAUAUCUGAGAUGAGUAGUCACUUCAUGAACUGUCACAACAUGUGGAGUGCGUUCGAUUGGGACAAAAAAUUGGCUCGAGUUGCCACCCGACUCCAAUCGAACGACGUGUGAUGUAACACGGAUCUACCUAUCUAUCUAUCUAUCUAGGUCAAGUUCUCCCUCCCGUUCAGCUGCGAGUGGCACACGGGUUUCUAUCAAGUGAUUCCCUCACAGAUCCUUCUGGAUGAAGCGGUCUGCAAAGGUUUUAUUAGUAAGCCGUCCACUUUCGGUACUGUCUCUCGCUUAAGUUGACACGACGCUAUGAAUAAAAGAAAAUCGUCGUCAUCGUCCAGGUCCAUGUCGUUCUCAAGUAGGUUGUCUGUUAUUGACUGACAUGCUACCAUCUUUAGUGCAUCCAUGGCAACUAGACUCUGUUGUUGUUGUUAUUGUUCACACGGGUUCAUACUCGACGCGUUUUGUUCACUGGUGCUGGUUCUGUGCAAGCGCUUCCAACUCUACUCGUGUUUCCCGCAAAUCCAAUCGAACCUACUCGUGGUGUACCAUUGAUGCUCCGCAGAAACAUUAAGGUGCUUGGGCUGUCGGACUGAAUCUGAUUUGACCGUUAAGAAGACAAUGGUCAAAUGGCUUAGGGACCAGAAAAGGAUCUGAGUGGAUCCUGAAGUAUCUUCAGGGCAGCACAGCGAGUGAUAUUGCAAUAUUAACGCUAUUUCUCCUUAGCUAUAAUCUAGUUUCACAGUACUAUAGUGUUAGUUAUUAUAUUCCGAUGGGCGAAAGGAGAUAUGUUGCUACAUAAAUUGUUUUCUAUUGUGGAAACAUGGGCGAUUGGCCUCACAAUUGCUUUGUAAUAUCUGAGUAUUAGUAUGAACUCAAGUGUAAUGGCAGGUAAAUACACGUAUCUUACUACAGGUAUUUUGAUACAACGAAAAACAGAAUCCAUACAGUAUUACCGUACAGUGUUAUUUUUGCAGGGCGUUGAACAUACCAAAAUAGGCAUCGGUAUUUCAUAACUCUGAAUUUAACCCCAUAUAUGAAGAUAUCCACUACUGGUGCUGUAGAGUAUAACAGGAUGGCUGAUUCAAGACUUUGUGAUAUUGUGAUUGUAGUAUUUCAGGUAUUUGUUUUUUUUUUUCCGUAAAUUUCAUUAUAUUUAAAAUACACCUCGCUAGGCAUAAAAUGGAUGACUUUAUUCCUAGAUUCUUGCACAGAAAGAAAAUUUAAGCCUAACACUUACGUGUAAAGGCGGGUUCACAAGUUGCAAUUGUCGAAUGAAAAUAGGAUACACUGUUUCAUGCCAUUGUAGCAUUCGACGAAUCGCAUCGUCUGAACGCGGAUUAUGAGGCAGACCUUUUUUCACACCACUUGUCAAAUUCGACGAGUCGAAUCCAUAAAUCGCACAAUCUGAUCACGGCUUCACGCAGACUGCCAACGAAAAGUAAGCCAGGCAGUGGUAGCCUGCUCUGUAUCCGAGAUCUCGGUAACCCUCGCAGUUAUUGUUGCAAUGUUACCAUCGUCCCCUACAUGUAUAUGUAUUAGCGUUAAGACAGCGUUGUUUGUAUUGAGAUUGUGAGAUUGUUCUGUGGAGUACAGCUCAGAAUAUAACCAACCAUAACAUAGUGCCACUUUUCUUGUACAUGUAAUAAAUAGUGUCCAUUCAAUGACAUAUCCACAAGAUAUUACCAAAUAUGUGCAGUUAUCCGGUAAAGGCGCAAUUGAUUGAAAUGAAGUUCUUUUGAACAGAACGACUCAUGGUUUCGUUGCUAUUUAUUGGUAGCCACAGAACUUUGAAUGAUAUUAUAGUCCUGCAUAGUGACUGCGUGCCAGAUAUCGUGAUGUCCGAAACAAUAUAUGCCCAAAUGUCCUAAAAUGCAAAGUCAGUUUCAGCAGACGCAGAUAAUUUGUUAAACUUGCCAUAAUCCGAGGUAAGAUUGGUACUCGUAUAGUAUUCCUUGUGUGUCGAAAACUUCGGUAUAUUCUUGAAAACGGAGUUGUAAGCUGUGAUAUUAGUUUUACUACUGACAUUUAAUGUUGUUUAAAUUUUCAGUCAUCAUAGACUGACAGAGUUAU